AUCUCAUGUUCACUGCUUAAAUACAGGUAUGGAAUGUACUGAUUACCUUUGAGAUGUUAGAGACUGGACUCUGCAAAAGAGCUAAGCUUUGUUACUUGGAUAAUAAAGUUUAUUUUCUGACAUAAAAAAGGCCUUCAAGACUUCAAGAGUGAUUUUUAAAGACAGACUACACAACAAUAACACAACAACAAUAUAAUUUUAGAGUUAUGAAUUGAAUGAGCAUCAGUUAUUUUAUGAUAGACAGAUCGACAUGCUUAGAUGUAUCAUUUAGGCAAGUAUAAAUAUAACAAUAACUGAUAUAAUUUUGAUUUUGUCAGAUCAGCUCCUCCCACAGCAAUCACGUCAUCAGUGAAGCUCCUCCCACAGCAGUUCACCAAUAAAUGUUCCAUUCAGUCUUCAAGUAAAGACAAUCAUCAAAGCAUCAGGAGGAGCUGAAGUCUGCAAACACUGAGUUUAUUAAAGAGAACAGCGAGAACAUGAGUGAUCCAGAAUCCUGCAAAAUGAAACAAGCUGAAGAUACUGAAGAACAAAGCGACUUGAUGGAAGACAGCGAGGAGAGUGAAGAACUGAGUGAAUUGGAGGAUGAACUUUUCAAACCCGGAGAAAAACCUUUGAGUCGCUCAAAGACUAAAAAGACGUUUCUAACAAAACGACCCAAGAAAUCUACAACCUGCACUCAGUGUGGAAAGAGUUUCAAUACAAAACAACGUCUUGAAGUUCAUAUGAGGGUUCAUACUGGAGAGAGACCAUUCACAUGUGAUCAGUGUGGGAAGAGCUUCACACAAUCAGUACACCUUAAGGGACACAUGAUGAUCCACACUGGAGAAAAGCCAUUUGCCUGUGGUCAGUGUGAAAAGAGAUGUUCGACCAAACAAAAUCUUGAGCUUCACAUGAAAGUUCAUACUGGAGAGAAGCCCUUCACAUGUGAUCAUUGUGAAAAGAGAUUUUUGAACAAACAGAAUCUUAAGAUUCACAUGAGAGUUCAUACUGGAGAGAAGCCAUUCAUGUGUGAUAAGUGUGAAAAGAGAUUCGCAAAUAAAUAUAAUCUAGAUCUUCACAUGAGAGUUCAUACUAGAGAGAAGCCCCAUGCAUGUCAUCAGUGUGGGAAGAGUUACACACAACCAGCACACCUUAAGGAACACAUGAGGGUCCACACCGGAGAGAAGCCAUUCAAGUGUGAUCAGUGUGAAAAGAGAUUCCAGUACAAACAAAGUCUUGUGCUUCACAUGAGAGUUCAUACUGGAGAGAAGCCAUUCACAUGUGAUCAAUGUGGAAAGAGUUUCACAUAUAAAAGUAAUCUUGAUGACCACAUGAGAAUCCACUCUGGAGAGAAGCCGUUCACAUGUGAUCAAUGUGGGAAGAGUUUCGCACAAUCAUAUCACCUUAAAGGACACAUGAGGAUCCACUCUGGAGAGAAGCCAUUCACAUGUGAUCACUGUGAAAAGAGAUUCUCGAACAAACAAUGUCUUAAGCUUCACAUGAGAGUUCAUACUGGAGAGAAGCCAUUCGCAUGUGAUCAGUGUGGCAAAACAUUUCUUACGGCAUCACACCUGAAGACACAUCUGACAGUUCAUACGAAGGAGAAGCCACAUUCAUGUUCUGAAUGUGGAAAGAGUUUUUCACUGCUGCAAAGUUUAAAAGCACAUGAGAAAAUACAUACUGGUGUGAGAGAGUACAUGUGCUUUGAGUGUAAGAAGACUUUCCUUUCAGCAAACUGUUUGAAACUGCACCAGAGAAUUCACACUGGAGAGAAACCUUACAAGUGUUCACACUGUGACAAGAGAUUCACUCAGUCAGUAAAUCUGAAAACACAUGAGAGUAUUCACUCUGGAGAGAAGCCGCACAUGUGUGAUCAGUGUGGAAAGAGUUUUGCUAUUAAAAGUUACCUGAAGAUACACAUGAAGACCCAUGCAGUGGAGAAACCACAUCACCGCAGUUUAAAAUCACGAAGUACCAGAAAGGAAGGAGAGGACAGAGAUAACGCCAGUGAUCUAGAACCCUGCAGAAUGAAACAGAAUGAUACUGAAGAACAAAGAGGUUGGUGUUUAUUCUUGAUUCCUCGUUCAUUCAUCACGAUACUGAAGGACAUGCUGAUGCUCAGUAGAUUUACAUGGUUUCAGAUCAAGAAGAAAAACAUGAGAAAUUUUCACCCACUAAUGAAGCAAAGCUUUUUUUUUUCAUUACAGAAUUUUUUUUUUUUCAGAAAGUUUACAACUAACAAAUACUGAGCAAGUAAGCUCAUUGGCUCCAGAAGCAAGGGCUUAAUCAGCUUGUGCUGUGUAGGAAAUUUUGAUUGCUUACAAAUUACAUGUCAUGCCUGCAUCAUCUAGAGUUUUAUGACCAAACUAGUGAUUUAUAACACAAAUCAUCUUCAUGACAUUAAAAUGCAUCAUAAUCAUGCACAGCAGUUGUCGACCUGGAGUGUGUUUCCCGUUAGUCAGCUAUGGUCGUGAAUCCCAUUGAACUCUGUCAGACGGAACGGAAGUUGCGACCAUAGUUCGCUUUGGGAAACGCACCCCAGAUUGGAUGGGAUUAAACUAUUGACUAUUGAACUCAUCAGUGAUUUUGACUUUGGGUGUUACUUUUCAUUUCACAUUUGUCUGUCAUUUAAAAUCUCACAUGAUUUAAUGUUUCUUUUAGACCUGAUGGAUAUGAACAAAAAAAGGAAAAACAGAAGGCAAAAAAAUCUGUCACCUUCAGUGUAAAAAAAAAAAAAAAAAAGAUUCACAUGUAAAUCAAGGCUGAAGAUUCACAUGAGAGUUAGCACUGGAAAGAAACGGCUUUCGCUCUGAAAUCGCAUCUACCUUCUGAAGAAAGACCAUUUAACUGUGAUCAGUGUGGUAAACAUCGGGCAUCAGUCCUGAAGAAUCACUGAAAGGUUCACACAAAGGAGAAGAUUCAUUCAUAACAUUACAGCAGUGUGUGUUAUAUAUGCAGGAGUCCUUUACUACAGAUGAUGAAUUGAAAGAGCACCAGAAAAUUCACAAAAAAAAACAAAAUAACUUUUAAUUGUUUACACUACGACGAGAUGAAAUCUGUAAGAAACUAUGGAAACACAUGAAAGGAUUCACACCGGAGAGAAACCACAUCUGAGUUUUACCAGUCAAGUCCCCAUGAACCGGAAGUUACAAACGACUUUUCUCCAGUGUUGUGAUGUAUUUCCAAGUGAAACGGAAUAUUGAAUAGAGGACAGAGUUUAACUUUAGCACUCCUCCUCUCCAUCUCUCGCUCAUAGCAGACUAACGGUUACAGAGGAGUGGUUUAUGCGUUUUCAACCCAAGCCGUCAAAACUGACAUCAUCAGAGAAGGAACGACAUUCCGGACUGGAAGUUUUCAGAUUUUGAUUAAUGAUUACCACGACAAACAAAUUGUUUCUGUGGAUUAACUUACAUGGAUUAAUUGUUCACCACAAGACUAGUUAUAACAAAGUGAACAGGGUCAAUUUUGAUUUCAUGCCGACUUUAAUGUUCUUAAUGAUUUUGUAUCAUUCUAAGUUCUCUUUUAUGAAGGAAGGUAGUCAUUUUUUUAAAUGAACUCAAUGUUCUUAUGCUUCCAUAGUUCAGAAAGCGUGAAUCUGAUAUGAAUUUUUAACUCAUUCUUCAUUGUUUUUUAUUAGAACAUCUAAUUUCUCUUCCUCUUCUACUCUUCCAUGCAAUUGCAAGAUAUACUUCAUGUAGCUUUGAAACUGGCCUUUGCUGAUGAUUUGGCUGUCUUCGUUUUCACUUUUUUUUUCUUUUUGUAUUUGCUUCAAUCAAUGAUUGAUUAAAGUCAUGACUCCUUUUAUCAAUAACUCAUUGUUAUUGUCAAUUUUAUUUUACACUGGUUCUGCUUGCAUCAGAAAUAGUUUUAGUUCUGAAAGCCAUGAAGUUGCCUAGUAUAUUUGCUUUUUGAACUAUCCAUGUUUUUAUUUUCUCAAUAGUUUUUGAAUGCCUAAUAAAUUUUCACCUUACACGACUGACAUUAAAUAAGAUUGUUGUCUGUCUACAUUAUUAACAGUUUCACCCUUGAUAUCCAGUAUCACAUAUAUACUUCAAAUAGUUUGUUCUAGUCAGUUAGAUGUUCCAUUCAAUCCGCUCCCUUCCUGGGGGAGUGAAGUGCAGACAUUAGUCUACCAGUGACCCGGGGUGGAGGGGGUGGCCCACACCCUCCUCUUCAGCAGGUGGUAGCGGCAAGUCACAUCUCUGAGGGCCUCAGUUAAUUAUGUCAACCCGCUUUCUGAGGUCCGCCUUGUCCUGGACCCAUUUUUUGAACUGUGAACAGAUAUGUAUAGGCUGCAC